AUGGCCUCCCUCGCCGCCGCCGUCUCCGUGCAGCCCGUGGCCGUGAAGGGCCUCUCCGGCAGCUCCAUCUCCGGCAGGAAGCUCGCCGUCGCCAGCAGGCCGUCGGCCCGCGCCGCCUGCCGCUCCACCCGCAGGGCCGCCGUGGUGGCCAAGUACGGCGACAAGAGCGUCUACUUCGACCUCGAGGACAUCGGCAACACCACCGGGCAGUGGGACCUCUACGGCUCCGACGCGCCCUCGCCCUACAACCCGCUCCAGAGCAAGUUCUUUGAGACGUUCGCGGCUCCGUUCACCAAGAGAGGCCUGCUGCUCAAGUUCCUGCUGCUGGGCGGCGGCUCCCUGCUGGCCUACGUCAGCGCGUCGGCGUCGCCGGACCUCCUGCCGAUCAAGAAGGGGCCCCAGCAGCCGCCGCAGCCGGGCCCGCGCGGCAAGAUCUAA